AUGGACUCUCCAUCCUCAGAUGAGUUGUCAAUCUUAUACUACCAUGAGGAUAUGAGACAAUUCUCUGUGGCGCCAGGAAUCACAGCACACAUCAACAAUAUGGACGACCACGCCCUCGCCGUCAGCUAUACCAUGCUCGAGCUCAAAGUCCAGCUAAUUUGCAGGAAAAUGGCCAUGCCGUCAGAGGCAGACCGCCGAUUAGGGCUUGAUACACAGAUGUGCCUCAAACUAGCCAACAUUGCACCCGUCCUCAGCGCCCUUGCCCUGCUCGAUAUGGGACGACUCGACAGCCACACGGCCGUGGAUGUCAUCAAGGUUGCGAAGAUCAAAUCAAGCUACACGCCCGGCGAGACCGCCACUUCCGACGUCCUGCCCAUGGCUUCGAUUGUAACCAUCAAAAAUGGAGGCCGAGUUUCAGUGUCCGAGUUCUCGCCUGCUACCGCCGCCAUGUACUUUUUGUGUCUGUUUCUGCUGGAGCAAUAUCGGUUCCUGGACGUCCAUGAAGUAUAUCACUUUGCACAGGAAGAGGGAAUCUUGGGGAUCUGUCGGCUUCGUCCGUUCGCGCGCGCUCAAUGUGAUAGCACCAGCGCAAGCGCCCGUGAAGUCGAGGGCCACGACUGUGCCAUUUGUCAGAUUGAUCGCAUCGGGGACGCUGAAUGGAUCUAUGACCUGCCGUGCAGGCAUCAGUUCCACAAGGGGUGUCUGGUUAAAUGGCUGAUCGAGCUGGAACAGCCGGGCUGUCCGUUGUGCCGGGAUGUGAUUGCCCAAGAGAUGCUCGAUAAGCUGUCUUUAUGA